AUGGCUCAUCCAACAUUAAGUGAUAUGGAAAAAAAGAAAGUUUGCAGCUUGAUGGAUUGUGAAAAGCUUUCACGUGAAGCAUGUGCACAUGCUGCCCAAAAUGACAGGCUACCUGUGCAAACUGUGGUUCAAGUUCUUUUCUACCAGCAACAACGCUUAAGAGACACCAUGGGUGGUGAUGGUCUAAUAGCAGUUGAACCCUCCACCACCAUCACCACUGCACACCACCACCACCAACAAGCCAUCAUCCAUGAGCUUUCAUGGCUAAUAAAAGAAAACCAGGACAUGAAAUUUGAGCUUUAA